CCCCUGACUGGCUGUGCACCGGAGGCGGUGGUUCAGGGGCCGCGAACCCAGGAAACCGGACACGUGGUAGCGAAGUGCACGGAGUUGGCGGUACCUGAAGGAAGGCCCCCGAAGGUGAGAGGUUUGCAGAACCUGGAGCAUUCACUUAGGAUGAAGCUGAAUCUUACCAAAGUGACUAAUGGCUGUCGCCUAGGAAAAAUAAAAAACCUGGGUAGAACCGGAGACCACACCAUGGACAUUCCAGGCUGCCUUCUGUACACCAGGACCGGCGCAGCCCCGCACUUGACCCAUCACACGCUGCGUAACAUCCACGGGCUUCCUGCCAUGGCUCAGCUUACGCUGUCGUCACUGGCAGAACAUCAUGAAGCCUUGGCAGAAUAUAAGGAAGGAGUUGGAAAAUUUAUAGGCAUGCCAGAAUCACUCCUGUACUGCUCCUUGCACGAUCCGGUCAGCCCCUGCCCAGCUGGUUACAUAACAAACAAGUCUGUGUCCGUGUGGAGCGUUGGAGGACGAGUGGAAAUGACUCCUUCCAAGUUCAUGGCCAUCCAGCAGGCACUUCAGCCAGACUGGUUCCAGUGCCUUUCAGACGGAGAGGCAUCUUGCGCAGGAGCAGCUCCCAUAAAAAGAGCCAGAAAGUCUGUUGACCGAUCACUCCUGUUCCUGGAUAGUUGCCUGCGGCUGCAGGAGAAGUCAGAGGUUCUUCAGAAAAGUGUGAUCAUUGGAGUGAUUGAAGGUGGAGAUGUGAUGGAGGAGAGGCUCAGGUCAGCACGAGAGACAGCCAAGCGGCCAGUUGGUGGCUUCCUUCUGGAUGGCUUUCAGGGGAAUCUGAUGACCCUGGAGACUGGACUACACUUGCUGUCAUCAGUCACUGCCGAGCUGCCGGAGGACAAACCAAGGCUCAUCUGUGGUGUCAGCCGGCCGGAUGAGGUGCUAAAGUGCAUUGAGAGAGGAGUGGACCUGUUUGAGAGUUUUUUCCCGUAUCAAGUGACAGAGCGGGGGUGUGCCCUGACUUUCAGCUUUGAUUUCCAGCCGAAUCCUGAAGAGACACUAUUACAACAAAAUGGGACAGAAGAAGAAAUAAAAUAUCUGGAUCAAACAAAGAAAAUUAAAACAACUGAUUGCACCCAAGAGAUGACAUCCUUUGAAAUUAACCUGAAGGAAAAAAAGUACCAGGAGGACUUUGACCCGUUGGUGAGAGGGUGUUCCUGUUACUGCUGUAAGAAUCACACUCGUGCGUACAUCCACCAUCUGCUGGUGACCAACGAGCUGCUGGCCGGCGUCCUGCUUAUGAUGCACAACUUUGAACAUUACUUUGGAUUUUUCCACUCCAUCCGGGAAGCACUAAGAAGUGACAGACUGGCGCAGUUGAAAGAGCUUAUCCUUAGGCAAGCAUCUUGAGACCUAGCAAACACAUCUGACUUAACCUGCAGCCGGAACCGGUGUUACAAGUGGGACGAAGAGAGAAAGAGAACUGGUGUCCCCAGUCAGGAGCAUCCUACCAAAUUCCUUCCCCACGAGGCUGAGGAGAUUUCUUCUACAGGCUUCAGUGACCUGGAUGGAUCAGAAGAUUUGAACCAUGACCUUUAACAUCUCUAGGCUAACUCUUUUAGUCCAUUCAUUUAGUCAUUAAAGACAAAAUCUCUAGACAUGAGAGGACAACCUCGAAGUGGAGCUGCCGAGAUUCUGAGGGUCCCCUGAGUCGGGUCGGAGAUUGCAGGCGUAUGACUGGUUGUGAGUAGCAUGACCCUGUGGACAUGUGCCUGUUGACGAGAAGGAAUCUGGCUGAGUCGAGAGUUUUCUUUUGAUCCUUAAACUCUAAGAGGGCUCCUUUCGACACUUCUGUCUUCUAAGCAGCCAGCCCUGGCAGGACAAUCAAGGAAACCUCUCUUGUGGCUUAACCAACAUCACAUCUCCCUGGACUGUGGGCUCACACGUUGGUCCUCUGAUCGGUUGGCCCAGGUCACAUUCUGUCAUUUGGCCACAUUGUUAAUUGUGACUUGUCUCCCUAGAGCUGAUGUAAUUGCCUGUUAGGAGCUGAAAGUCGCUGGGGUGCUUUCCUCUGGUCAUACAGCUCUGCGAUGACCUGUCUGUCCUCCAACGUCAUCAGUAGUCUGACCUCCAAAUGACCGCCCCCCCUUGUGGAGGUUCAUUUGCAGUGUGUUCACUUGGACUGAGCCCUGGCCUGGCAAUGACAGCGUCAGACUUCAGUCCUGCCCAGCUGUGACACCAGGGCACAUCACUUAGCCUCCCCUUGCCUCUUCCUCCUGAAUGAGUGGAGACAAAGGUGGUGGAUGGGACUAUCAGUCAAUGAACUUCUGAGAUUCCAUCUAGCUCUACAGUUUGGUAAACAAAGUUUUAGCUUAGAAUCACAGCCUUACUUGUCCUCCGUGUUUAUUGCCCGCCGUUGGCCAGGACUCAGGUAACAGUAGAGAUGUUGAGAGCCUCAGAGGAGAUCUGGCCUGUGCGUGUUGAAGUGUGUUGUAAAUUGGCCUCGGCAGAUCUCCAAAUCUUCGAGUUUUUUUUUCUGCUACAGGAAUGACAUUUGUGUUGAUGGCACGUCAGGUGGUUUUUAUUUUCUUCGUGCUUGUCUAUAUUUUUCAAGUUUUCUAUAAAGAAUACACAUGCACACAGUUUUUAUAAAAACGUUAACAAAAGCUCAGAGUUUUUUUGUUUUAUGGGGGGAGAAAUAACAUUUUACGUUCUUGUGCUGUGUUUUGCUGUUCAUUGUUUCAGUGGGCAUUACUGAGCAUUGCUUUAAAUUAUUAUGUACUUACUAUGUUUUUAUGAGUUGGGAGCCCAUGUGGUUCUUUUUUAUUAGUGGUAGUCAUAAGUUUUGAAUUCAUGGAAAUUCCUGUAACCUCUCCUCCAUGAAUGGCCAGAAGUUUCUGUUCUCAAAGAUUGGAUUGUUUUGAAAUGUUACAGAAUUGGGUAUGUUCAAAUGUUCACAUUUUUCUUCAAUGCCGAGUCCAUUGAGUUGGAGGAGUAUCAAUAAAUAUUCCAGAAUCCAUACAAAAUGGAUGUGUUUUAUUAUGUCUAAAACACUGAAAUUUCUGCCCAAGACUGUUUGAUCUUUCUGGGUCUUUUUCUUGUUAGCACAUUUGGAAAAAGUUUCUUUCCUUUAAUGUAGUAAAUCUAUGAAAGGUAAUGGCCAAUAAACAUUUUUAAUUAAAAAAAAAAAAAUUCACUGUGUAUUCCUUUCCAUAAAUGGUUGGGAGUGUAUUAAACAAAAUAUUAAAUUUCCAUGGUACCAGAAAUGUUCAAGAGAUUUCUCAUCGGAAAAUAACAUUUCUCUGCAUUGAUUCCAUCUGUGGACAUUGUUUAAGAGCACUCAUGCUAAAUGCCGAAUCCAAAAAAGAGAUCUUACUCAGUGACACACGUUGUGAAGAUUCCCUUGUCUGUCUCUUUAAAGUAAGCAAUUUAAGGCCUUGUAGCAUAUAUUAAAAAUAAUAAUAACCACAAUCAAGGGAACAUUGCUAAUGUGGCAGGCCCCUCAGUAAGUGCUUUCCGUACAUGUCUCAUUGUCCCUUGGAGCAUCAUCAUAUGGCCUGGGCAUUACUGGUCCUGUGUGACAGGUCUGAGCUUCAGGAAGGCUGAGUAGCCAGUUCUUAGAUUCCACUCCAGCGCUGUCCAGCCAAAGCUCAGUGGUUAGCCGUUGCCUGAAGUAGCUUCUUACAGGCUUGUCUUAGGCUUCGUGGACUGAAGGGGCUAGGAGACGCAAGAUCUGAGUAGUGAGGCCUCUGGCUCUGAGGUACAGGGUGCUUCAGGAGCCCUGCUGCAGCUCGGCCCUGGCUCCCACUCCCAGUGGGUAAUACCUGCCAUGUACACCCCGUGGUACCAUGGUGGCUCACAUAGGUGCUCAACAUGGUUGGUAUUCCAUGUCCCCAACCCCUCUAGUUUGGGACUGUAGCCACGCCCUAGAUGGUUUUCAGUGGCUUUGGAGACGGUGAUCAAUUCAAGUGGACUCUUGGGUAGUUAGUAGGAGUCUGAGGUUUACUAUGAAAACCCUGGUGGUGUAGUGGUUAAGUGCUAUGGCUGUUAACCAAAAGGUCGGCAGUUUGAAUCCACCAGGCUCUCCUUGGAAACUAUGGGGCAGUUCUACUCUGUCCUAUAGGGUCGCUGUGAGUCAGAAUUGACUCGACGGCAAGGGUUUGGUUUUUUGGUUUGGAGGUUUACUAUAUGGCUUAGGGGAGGGAUAGUUUGUUAUUCCCUGAGAAUAAAGGAACAAAUAAUAAAAUGGAAAGGAUCCUUUUAAAACGUUUUUUAAUCAAAUGCUUGUACAGUUAAAGCAUUUUAGUAAAAUCACAAACAAAGACCAUUAAAGGGUCAAGGCUAGAUCGUGUGAGGAACUCUUUUAUCCAGGAUGUUUUUUUCUGCAAAGGCAGCUUGGAGCUCACUGAGAAACCACAGAGUUAAAUGAUUUCCCCGUGCCUUCCUGAUUAGGAACAGGCUGCUCUCUGCAGUUUGAUUAGUCUCGCUUGUAGCUACGGGAUCACAGCUUAUUAAAACUGACGGUGCUGUGUAGGGCAGGGAGCCAGGAGGGUCAAAUUUACAUGCUGAGCCAGCCACGAGCAGGGCUCUGCCUUGACCUAAAGCUUUGCUGUAAUUGGCAUUCAUUUUAAUAAUCUUUCAGUUCUUGGCUUUCUUUUCACCCUUCAUGUCUCUUCCUCAUUUUACACAUUUUCUCUCUCUUUCUCACGAAAUCCCCAGAUUUAGGACCAUAUAACCCAAAUAGCAGUGGGCAAAGAAGAAUGAAACAAGCCCUGUGUAAGCAGUGUGAAUUAGGUAACCUUACAUUCUGAUUGCCCGUGACAGUCCUGGUUUAUGACUGUGGUCCAGGCCUAAUUACUAACAGCACACCCUUUUUCAAUCUCAGAAGUGCCAUAAUUUGGACAAGUUAUAUGGCCGCCCUAAUACGAGUGGGGUAGACUCGAACUAGAGAGCAGCUGCCCUCUGCAGGGAGGGACAGCCGCUACCCAUCUCGAGCUAAUGGCUGUCAGGCCAGUGUUGCCAGAUCUCCCAGUCUUCCAAGAGAAGCCCAAAAUCUGGAUUUUCAGAUGAAACCACACAAUUUUUAAAUGCUAGAUCAAUUUUUAGCAAAUACUAGCCAAACAAAUCUAGGGGCCCUGGUUUGCAACCUCUGCCCCAGAGCGUGGAGGGAAGGCGUUGGCAUCUUCAGCAUCUCUUAAUUUCUCCAAGACUGACCAACAAACACAGAAAAAGGACCUAUAGCUUCUAGUGCGUACAGCUGUUAGAUUUCCACCCUAAUAGAGUGCCAUGCUGUGCCAGCCGCAUCACAGGAUCCAGGUGACUCCCCAAGCCAGAUCUGCCAAAAGGGAAGUUACCUGUCAUCUUGUUCCACCAUCUGGUUUAUGGAUGAAAAAAAUUAGGCCUGGGAAAGAAAAAGUCACAGUCACUUGUCUUUCCUCACAAAGAGUUUAAAUACACACAUGCUUCUUUCCAGUAACCCCUCUGGCUCUCCUGCAGCUUACCCCUGUGUUCCACUGGGCUUGUGCCCUUCCAGCUCAGCAGUAGUUUCCCAGUCCUUGCUUUCUGAGGAUCCUUUCAGACUUACUGACCAGUUAGGACGAGGGCACCAGGGCUCACAUUGCACCUUGCAGCAUUAAUAGCGUAUUCCUGGCUGAUGCAGUGAGAGCUCAGUUACUGUUUGUCAAGUGAACGAGUGAACGUCCUCAGAGUGGCUGAGAUUUUAGCUAGCUGAGUGCUGGUUAGAAGCGGCUUGCAAAGCAGCAUGUGGUAGGACGCAUGCUGAAUGUCUCGUCAACGGUGGUUUGAUCUUACUCGAUGCUAGGCAAACUCCCAG